AUGCUGAGAUUCAUUUCAAAUAGAUAUAAUUCUGCUAAAGUAAGAUUAAAUCGAACCCACAUCAGACAUACAUACUUCAAGUUCCGUCUUACUUCAGGUAUGCGUACCUGUUAUCCACGCCAAAAAUAUAGCGUUUGCACACGUACGCGCAAUUUUACCUUACAGGGGCAAUGUGGAUCCUGUUGGGCCUUCUCCGCAACCGGUGCCAUUGAGGGUGCAAUUCAGAUAAAGACCGGCAAUCUAUUCAGCCUCUCAGAAAAACAGCUGGUCGACUGCAGUCGGGAGCAGGGUAACCACGGAUGCAACGGUGGUCUUAUGGAUUUCGCUUUUCAGUAUGUUAUGAAGUACGGAAUCGAAGCCGAGGAGAAGUACAAUUACACGGCAAAGGAUGGUGGAUGCAAAUACCAGCCGUCAAUAGUUAUCACCAAUAUCAGUAAAUACGUGGACCUGUCGUCGGGCAAUGAGGAAUUUCUUCAACAGGCUGUUGCAACUUCGGGGCCCGUUUCUGUCGCAAUUGACGCCAACGAUCCAGGACUUAUGUCCUACAGCCGCGGCGUAUAUACCAGUACUUGGUUUAGACCAUGGAUGCCUAUUCACGGAGUACUGGUUGUUGGCUAUGGUACAGAGGAUAAUCUGCCUUACUGGCUAGUGAAGAACAGCUGGGGACCCUCUUGGGGUGAUGACGGAUAUAUAAAAAUGGCCCGCAACAAAGAGAACAUUAUUUGCAAACGUAUGCUAAAUUUUACCUUACAGCGGCGGUGUGGAUCCUGUUGGGCCUUCUCUGCAACCGGUGCCAUUGAGGGUGCAGUUCAAAUAAAGACCCACAAGUUACUCGACCUCUCAGAACAACAGCUGGUCGACUGCAGUCGGGAGCAGGGUAACCACGGAUGCAACGGUGGUCUUAUGAAUCGGGCUUUUAAAUAUGUAAUGAAGUAUGGAAUCCAAUCUGAGGACACGUACAACUACACGGCAAGGGAUGACAGGUGUAAAUAUAACAAGUCCCUGUUUAUUGCCAAAAUAACUGCCUACAAGGAUAUUUCCCGGGGCAGUGAAUCAGCUCUUCAACAGGCUGUUGCAGCCGUAGGCCCCGUAUCCGUCGGAAUCGAUGCUGAUGAUCCCGGAUUUAUGUCUUACAGACUUGUCGUGUUUGUCAGCAAAAUAUGCUCAUCAACUGGCCUUAAUCAUGGAGUUCUGGUUGUUGGCUAUGACAUGGAGAGUAAUGGUAUGCCCUACUGGCUGGUGAAGAACAGCUGGGGACGCAAUUGA